GCGCGGUUCCCCGGGAGGCGUUUCCGCUUCCGGGAGCAAUGGCGGCCGGGGCGCUGCUGCUCGCGCUGCUGAGCGCGGGGUUCGGUCUCUCUACGUCAGCUGGUAAAAUGAAAAUCGUGGAGGAGCCGAACACCUUUGGAUUGAACAACCCAUUCCUACCUCAGACAAACAGGCUCCUUCCAAAGAUGGCACCUUCCCCAACCUCAGGUCCUGCACAUCUCUUUAGGCUUGCUGGCAAGUGUUUCAGUUUUGUGGAAUCUACGUAUAAAUAUGAGUUCUGUCCUUUCCAUAAUGUCACUCAGCACGAGCAGACCUUUCGGUGGAAUGCCUACAGUGGAAUUUUAGGCAUUUGGCAUGAAUGGGAAAUUUACAACAACACAUUUGUUGGCAUGUGGAUGAGAGAAGGGGAUUCAUGUGAAACCAAAAACAGAGAGACAAAGGUUCUUCUUAUUUGUGGAAAAAACAAUAAGUUGGCUCAUGUGUCUGAGCCAAGUACUUGUGUUUACUCUCUGACAUUUGAGACUCCUCUUGCUUGCCAUCCUCAUUCUCUUUUAGUUUAUCCAACACUGACUGAAGUCCUACGAAGGAAGUGGGAUGAAGCAGAGCAGUCUCUUUACGAUGAGCUGAUAACUGAACAGGGGUACAAAAAAUUGUUGAAGGAGAUUUUUGAGGAAGCAGGACUUUUAAGCGCAACAGAAGAAAAGGAGAUUGAGAAAAAAAAAAAAAAGUUAAAAAGUCUGGAAUUUGAAACCGUGGAGAAAUGCAAUAAGGAGUACAAGAAACUUUCUAAAGAAAUAAAAAAGCUUAAAGAUUUAUUAACUCAACAUGGUAUUGUGUAUGAAAGAAACUCAGCUGAAAAUACAAGUGCUGAACACGUCAUUCAUAAAGUGGUGACUACAAAGCCAAGUGUUCUGAAUGGCUCAAAGGCUAAUGAACACCUACGGGGAGACACAGGCAUUUGGAAUGACACCUUUUAAAGAAAUUUGUCUGGAUGAUAAAUAUCAAGUUCAUAUAGACUAAAAUAUUGAGCAAAUUGGAUGCAUAUCACAGUACUAAGAUAAUUUAAAAACGCUUUGUGAAUAUUUCUAAUGCUCUGUAUUCUUGCCCUAAGGCAAUGGGAAGGGAAUGUUUGAGUUAAAGUCUGGUGCUGCCAUUGCAGACAGCUGUUGUAGUUCAGUUUACAAGGUUGUUUAAGUUGUAAAAAUUCUCUUUGCUGAAACUGUUACCAAUGAUUGGUCUGCAGACUCUACUUCUCCAAUCUCAGUUCUGUGCUGUUUGCUUUGAUCAACUAUUGCUCUAAUGAGAGUGAAAGGUGAUUGGUUGUAUACCCAGCAACUGUAUUUCUGCCUGACAUGAGUGGAAUAGUUUUGUCCUUAAGUUUGGAUAGAUUAGUAAACUUCUUAACCGCUGAUAGCAGGGGCAGUUUAUUUGCCUUUGUGGGAAGUAGUUCACACUGUACUUCCUAAUCCUGUAGCAGCACUGAUGAGGCUGGAAGGAUGGAGUGAUGUGGAAUCUUUAGCCAGAGAUGAACAUGUGAGCAAAAAGCAAAAUCUACCUUCUAGCCUUUCAGGUAGAUUAUAUACAGUAUACUCCUAUUUAUCCAAAACCCGAUUAUCCAAACCUCUGCAUUAUCCAAAUCCCUUCCUUGUCCCCCAGCAUGAGAUAUAUGCCCUCUGCAGCAGGUAUCUUAUGCUGGAGGAUGAGGAAGGGAUUCAGAUAAUGUGGAGGUUGUGGUAAUAGAGCAGAUACUCCUAGCCAGGAGUGCAAGGAGGAUGAUCCCCUGCUACCAUCCUGCUGUUGAAUGGGAGUGAAUGGGGCUCCUCUGCAGCACUGCUGUCAUGGGAGUGAAUGGGGCUAAGACAGCAGAGCUGCAGAGGGCUCCCUGUGCUGCCGCAGCGCUGGUGACACCCAAUCCCUUCAGGCACAAGGUGCAGUGGGAAGGCUGUGGUCCUGGUAGGGCAGAGCAGAGACCUCGGCAAGGACCCCGCUCUGCCCUGCCAGAACUUCAGCCUUCCUUGUGCCUGCAGAAAAUUUGGUGUCACUUGUCCUGUGGCUGCACAGGGAGCCCUCUGCAACCUUGCUGUCACAGGAGCGAGUGGGGCAGAGCAGAGACCCCUGGCUAGGACUGUGAAGAGGAUGACAAGCCCCUGGCUGUGGAGGAGGCCACCCUGCUGCUGAAUGGCCUCUUGAUUAUCUGAACCAAAUCUGUGUCCCUCAUGCUAUUCAGAUAGUUGGAAGUACACUGUAUUGAAAAAGAUAGAAGGAAAUGACUGCAUAAAGACUAGAGAAAUUACUCCACUUUAAAGCUGUAAGGUGUAAAUAGUUAUUCCUUUAACACCUAUUUCCACACUAGCAGCUAAUAUUCACCUCUUACGCAUCUCUGCUAACAAUAACAAAUUCUUGACUAAGACAACUAUCACACUGUUCACUAAAAGUUGAGACUAACAGAACGACCAUGUGUAAGUAGGAUACUCUCCUCCUAACCUUCUGGUUUGCCUCAGGUGGCCAUGGUGUUCUCUCGCAAGUUCUUUGGUAUAGACUCAGGACUUCUUUGGCCCUGAGUGCUGCCCCCCUUCCCCUGACUUUUCUCUCCAGCCAUCCACAGCUUGUUCCUGAUCCUUCUAGUCACGUAUUGGGGUACUGUCACAAACACUAUCAUUUUUUUUGUGCAUUUUGCAUUUACUACUCCAAACUUACAUUGUAAUAGAUUUCAAAUCAAGGAAAUCUUAAUUAUCCAUUCAGCGUACGCUGUGCAUAAUGAUGUCAGAUGUGAAUGCAAAAUAAUUACACUACUUUUCAGACAAGAUCUUGCAAACUGAGGUAGAGUCUGCACUACAUGAACAUUAAAAUCUCCUUGCCAGUUUAAAGAGUAAGCCUUUUUUCUUUUGGCUUAGGAAAAAUGUUCCUUCCCUCUGUGGUGUGUAUUAUUUGCAAUUGUAGUUGUCCCGCACUAGGAUUGUUUGCAUUUGAGGGGUGCUUACACCUUGCAAUUCUUAUGAAUGAAAAGUGAAAAUCAAAUUUUUUUUUACAGAAGACCAAUAAUGUUUAAGGAGCGUACCUCUAUUCUGUAUAUUAUUAUAAAGAAUAAAUGUAUGGAUUCUUCUAACAAAGUUGUGGAGAGUUAUACUAGCAAGUUGUCCAGCAGCAAGGACAUCAUUUGUACAUAAAUAAUAAUUACAAUUCUUUCACUUGCUGUGUUUAGCUAACCAUGACCAUCUGCUAAUUCAGGGGUUCUCAAAGUGGGGUUUAUGACCCCUAAGGGAGUCAUGAGGUUAUUACAUGGGGAAUUGCGAGCUGUCAGCCUCUAUCCCAAACGCCACUUCACCUCCAGCAUUUAUAAUAGCGUUUAUUUUUAAUUUAUAAGGGGGGGAUUGCACUCAGAGUCACUAGUACAAAAGUUUGAGAACCACAGUGCUAACCUACAGUAGAUUCUGCUGAGCCUCCAAUCUUCAUUUUAGCACCAACCAUUUUCCUCAACUUAUAUAGGUUGUAUUGGUGACUUUACCAUAACUGUUACCACUGUGUGAAGUUUUCUCCCCUCCCUUGGAAGCCAAAUUUAACAAAAGUCAGCUGAUCUAUGCAGCAGGUGGGUGGUAGUAAAAGCAAGUUGCCCUUCUGAAGACCAGUAACUCCAUCAAGACAUCCAAACGUAGGCUGAAGACUAUCAAAUCUUAGCUAUGCUGUCCCUAGGAAUCUUUCUGAUAUCAGUUAGGAAGAAGCUUACCUGUACAUCCCCAUCAGUUGCAUCCGAUGAAGUGAGCUGUAGCUCACAAAAACUUAUGCUCAAAUAAAUGUUAGUUUCUAAGGUGCCACAAGUACUCCUUUUCUUUUUGCGGAUACAGACUAACAUGGCUGCUACUCUGAAAUCUGUCAUAAUACUUAGUCUUUCCCUGACAGCAAGGGACGGGACUAGAUAACCUCUUGAGGUCCCUUCCAGUCCUAUGAUUCUAUGCUAUGGAAGCUAGUCCAUACCCUUAGUAAUCUUUGUUGCUCUUCUCUGUACCUUUUCUAAUUCUAAUAUAUAUUUUUUUGAGAUAUGUCAACCAGAAAAGCACACAGUAUUCAAGGUGUGGGCAUACCAGAUUUAUAUAGUGGCAUUGUGAUACUCUGUCUUACUAACUAUCCCUUUCUUAAGGGUUCCUAACAUUGUUAGUUUUUUGGACUGGUGCUAUAUAUUGAGGGGAUGUUUUCAGAGAACUAUCCACCAUGAUUCCAAGAUUUUUCUUGAGCAGUAACAGCUAAUUUAGACCCCAUCAAUUUGUAUGUAUAGUUGGGAUUAUGCUUUACAAUGUGCAUUACUUCACAUUUAUCGACAUUAAAUUUCAUCUGCCAUUUUGUUGCCUAGUCA